AUGGCGAAUACCACUGGACUUGACCCAGAAUCAUUGGCACUUUGCCCUGUCCCAUCUGGUGAUAUAAAGGAUGAAAGUUCAGGGGUUGUUGGAGAGAGUCCAAAAUCCAGUUGUGGAUGUUUAGGCAGAGAUACUAUUGCCAAUGCGGCUGCUAGGGUUGGUCCUGCCGUUGUCAAUCUAUCUAUUCCAAAGGGAUUCUAUGGGAUUGCUACUGGAAAGAGUAUAGGGUCUGGCACUAUCAUUGAUUCCAAUGGUACGAUCUUGACUUGUGCUCAUGUAGUGGUCGAUUUUCAAGGCUCGAGAGGUUCAUCCAAAGGAAAGGUUGAUGUGACUUUGCAAGAUGGUCGGACAUUUGAGGGCACAGUGGUCAAUGCUGAUUUACAUUCUGAUAUUGCUAUAGUAAAGAUAAAGUCUAAAACCCCACUGCCAACUGCAAAUCUUGGUUCUUCAAGUAAGCUUCGCCCGGGGGACUGGGUGGUAGCUAUGGGUUGUCCACUUUCCCUUCAAAAUACUGUGACAGCUGGCAUUGUAAGCUGUGUCGAUCGUAAAAGCAGUGACUUGGGUCUUGGAGGAAUGCGAAGAGAGUAUUUACAGACAGAUUGUGCAAUCAAUGCGGGAAAUUCUGGUGGGCCACUUGUUAAUGUUGAUGGAGAAGUUGUUGGUGUUAAUAUCAUGAAAGUACUGGCUGCAGAUGGAUUAAGUUUUGCUGUACCAAUCGAUUCAAUUACCAAAAUUAUGGAUCAUUUCAAAAGGAGUGGGAGAGUCAUUCGACCUUGGCUUGGAUUGAAAAUGAUUGAUCUUAAUGAGAUGAUCAUUGCGCAACUUAAAGAGAGAGAUCCAAAAUUCCCUAAUGUCAAAGAAGGUGUCCUUGUACCUAUGGUAACUCCAGGCUCUCCAGCUGAUCGUGCUGGAUUCCACCCUGGUGAUGUUGUCAUCAAAUUUGAUGGGAAGCCUGUUGGAAGCAUCACGGAGAUCAUUGAAAUUAUGGGGGACAAAGUUGGCAAACCCUUGGAGGUAGUUCUGAAAAGACCAAAUGAUAUUGUGGUGAAUUUGACUGUUAUUCCAGAGGAGGCAAAUCCAGACAUGUGA